CCAAUAUUGUACAGAAUAUGAUGACGGAGUUGAAACCACCAAAGUCAAACUUUUCUACUAGCCACGAUGGGAAGAGACUUGUAGCCGUAUAUGGUGUCGACGGAUCAAAUCAAGUUUGCGCAGUAGUGUGUGACACAGAUUCUGGAAUGGAAAUCACGAAGGUUGGAAAUUAUGUAGCAUAUGUGACUUUCUCGCCACAAGGAACAUUUAUACAAACCUGGUCGAGAUUUCAAGAGAAAGAACAGAUCACAGACUCUCCAGAUUCUCCAGGUUGUGUUACGAUAUGGAAGACUUUUGACGGAAAAAGAGUUGCUUCUUUUGACGCAAAGAACUUCCGUCUAGAUAACUGGCCUUGUGUUCAGUGGACUAGUGAUGAGUCACUUGCUAUACGGACAACUCCUAACCAGGUUCUGGUUUACGGUGGUCAUGAACUCAAUCAGUCUCCGAUAAAGAAGAUUGCCAUAAACGACCUGAAGAAUUUUGCUGUUAGCCCUGUAUCUAAUCCCUGUUAUGUUGCUUCGUUUGUUCCUCCAAAAGGUAACAGGCCUGCGAGAAUAGAAGUCUACAAGUUGAGUGAGUCGUCUCCCGUCCUAGCUAAAAGUAUGUUCCGAGCAGACUCUUGUCAGUUUCUUUGGAACAAAAAUGGAACUGCGCUCAUGUGUUGGAUAACUUCAGAUUCGGAUAGCAGUGGAAAGAGCUAUUACGGAGAAUCCUUUCUAUACUACGGAUGUCCCAAAAAGGGAAAGGAGCUUAAGCAAGUGGAUUUACCUAGAAAAGGACCUAUUCAAGAUGUCUCGUGGAGUCCCGAUGGAGAACAAUUUAUUAUAGUUUAUGGAAGUAUGCCAGCUCGAGCAACACUAUUUAACUGGUUAUGCGAGCCUUUGUUUGACUUUGGAACGGGUACAAGAAAUACCAUUUCUUUUUCACCUCACGGACGAUUUCUAUGUUUGGGAGGUUUUGGAAAUCUUCCAGGUGACUUGGAGUUUUGGGAUAUAAGGGAAAGAAAGUUGUUAGGUAGAGCAUCAGCACCUUGUACAACAUCGUUUAUGUGGUCUCCAGAUUCGCAGUAUUUUUUGGCAGCCACUACUUUUCCGAGGUUGAGAGUCGAUAAUGGGUUCAAAAUAUUUCGUUAUCAAGGAACUUUAGUGGGUAGCUUUCCGAUACAAGAUGAACUUUACCAAAUAGAAUUUCUCUAUAGAGAUCCAACUGGGUAUCCUGAUCGUCCUGCGUCACCAUCGACAAGAACUGCAACUUCUCAGCCUUUUGAAACUGUAAACACACAGAGUAAUAAUGCACAAAAUAAUAUUUACAGACCUCCAGCUCUUCGAGGAAAGAAACCUUCGGUGACAUUACAUGAAGAGGAAGCACCACGACCAUUGGAUGCAAAAACUUGGCUAAGAGAAACAAAGCAGUCUCAGGAUAAGUUCGUUGCUCCUAUAAGGAAGACGGUAGUUGGUAUUCCAUCAGAUGAGGAAGAAGAAACUUUGUCCAAGAGUCAGAAUAGAAAUAGGAGGAAGAAAAAGGCAGCACAAAAGAAGAAGAGAGAAAUAGAAGAGCAGGCAAAUGAGAAAGGAUUUGAACUGAAAGAAGAAUUACCUGCUUCGGUUAAGCAGUUGAUGAAAAGGGAGCCUCCUAACAAAGUUGACAAAGAAAAAGGAAGACGAGAGAACAAAGUCGUUGACAAGAUUGCCCAGAAAACCGCCAAUCUCUCGAUGGAAUAAGUUGUAGUUAUUGACUCUUGAAAUGGUUUUUAGUGGAGAAAUACUAGGAACGAUUGUUUGGCACAGCUGUUGAGUGGUGGUAAAGUUUUUGAAUUUUAAGGAUGACUUGCUAUUCGUGGAACAAAAAUAAACGAAAUAGGCUUUUUUUGGAUUCGUUU